AUGAGCGAAGCAAUGGAAAGCAAGGUCUGUGACGCGCCGGCCGUGAAGAAAACUGAAUAUGACAUUCCACAGUGGUCAAAGGGAAACUAUGAAAUUAACUGGGUUGCCGUUGCUGUGCUGGCCCUCCCGCCACUUAUGGGCAUAGGGGCCUUGAUGGCGGGUGUCCCGCUGCAGACUAACACGCUUAUUGUGGGUGUUUUGUUCUACAUAUUUAAUGGUAUGAUCGGUAUUACCGUAGGGUACCACCGCCUUUUUUCCCACAGGAGUUUUACUGCGCAUCCCAUCCUCCAGUGGAUUUGUGCUUUUGCCGGUGCGGGCGCUUUCGAAGGUUCAGCCAAGUGGUGGUGCCGCAAUCACCGCAUUCAUCACCGGUAUGUUGACACUUUCAAGGACCCCUAUGAUGCGACUCGUGGCUUCUUCUUCUCGCACAUUGGGUGGAUGAUCAUGAAGCAGAAUUAUGCAAUACCGGCCAGGGUUGACGUUAGCGAUUUCAAGUACAACAACAUCAUCCAGUUUCAGCACCGACAUUUCUUCAAGAUGGCCAUUGCGUCUGGCAUAAUUCUCCCGACGCUUGUCUGUGGCCUUGGGUGGGGUGACUGGCUUGGCGGUUACUUCUACGCAGCUAUCCUGAAGAUUGUAUUCGUACAUCACUGCACCUUCUUCAUCAACAGUCUCGCUCACACGGACCUCUUUGGUGCCGUACAAACGUAUUCGGACCGCCACACACCGCACGACUCUGUGGUUUGCGCUCUCCUCACCUUCGGCGAGGGGUAUCACAACUUUCACCACGAAUUCAGCCAAGAUUACCGCAACGGUAUUAAGUGGUAUCACUACGAUCCAACAAAGUGGGUCAUUCGACUGUGUGAGUUCGUGGGCCUGGCGAGUCGACUUGUGCGCACUCCGAACGAUAUAAUUAAACUGAACGUGAACAAGUUGAAGUACAAGCGACUCCUGAAGCAGGCUGCCAUCUUGGAGAGGGAAAUGGACGAGUGUGAACCGGCUGAGACGAAGAUGUACACAUGGGAAGAUAUUCAUAGUUUGGUAGAGAAGGGAAGGAAAUUGAUAGUGGUUAGUAACAGGGUUAUUGAUCUCGACAAACCACUCAACACUGGCACAAGCUAUACUCACGACAACGAAACGUUCCAAUGGUAUGAGGUUCACCCUGGUGGAAGGCAGGUGCUUGACCUCUAUAUUGGUAAAGACGCCACGAAGGAGUUUGGUAGCGGAAUGCAUAAGCACUCGGCAGGUGCAGAGAGCCUUCUCCAUCACCUACAAGUGGGCUACUUGAAUGAGUGA